UUGUCAACAAUCAAUGCCUACCACAACAUUCCGACAUUAGUUGAAUGUCAAAAACUUCGCAAACAUCUAACAAACAAAACAUAAAGUUUCAUUUUAAGCGAAUAGAAAGUUACUUAUAGACGGUCAACUCCUCAUUCAUUUGAAUCGCCGAAUAACGUUAACAUGCUAAAAAUAUUUUUCGCAUCAAUUUUAUUUGUUUUUCCUGGAGAUUCAUUCAAGCUGGGACGAGAUUCCGUGGACAAUUCAAACGAGCUUGGUGAAACUACCCAAUGCGAGAGGCGUGCCCACUUGAGCGACUGGCAGGACGACCCCUGUCCUUGCUUCUGUGGCACUGGAACCACCACCUCCAGAAGAGAGUGUGUGUGGUAUGAACAGACUGACGAUGGAAGUUGUGAGGAGAGGAGAACCGAUGGACCGGGAGCGUUUCAUAUCUGCGGGAGAGCACUGAUGACGAAAGAAAAGGAUUGCUACAAUGGCACCUGCUUGAUCAACCUGGUGAGUGAACAGACGCAGGACGUGUACGAGGCAGGAUCCAACUCCGACUUCUAUUACGAGGCCUACACUUUGGGGGGACAGAUCUGCGACAUUGGCAAACUGGACCUGCCAGACUACAACGACAGACAGCGAGGAAAAAUUGACACGUACUACCUGUCUAUGCCCUGUAACGCCUGCAUGAAGAGCUCAACGGAGAUAUUUGACAAACUGAAAGUAACCAUCCACGGAACAGACGGUUGGAAAGCUGCAUGGAUACUGGUGGAGGUGAAUGGAAACAAUGGUACCUACUUCAACCCCGAGUGGCUGGACAGCAACGGCAGUCUCAUCUACGACGACAACUACACCAAACAGCCGAAGCACCAGCACCAGCAGGGAGAUCAAAAGUAGAAGAAUCAAUUGGAGCUUGAAAUGAAACAAAAUUUGGCAAAAAAACGAAAUAAUUUUGUGUUAACCGUAAAUAGAACUGGAAGUCAAUUAAUUUCGAAAUUUAUUAUCGCUUAUUUUUGUUGAUUGAAGAUAAUUUGAUGAAUAAGAUUAUACAAUGAUUUAGAUUAAAAACUUAACUUAUUUAAAAUAAACUUCCCGAGAAGCUUA